GACGCUGUAUACAUUACGGAUUAUAUUUGUGGGAAGUUGUUAUGGAGAGCUCUGUGUCCAAUUUAGAAAUCUGUAAUUUAGCCUACACGGGCAAAUUUGAUCAACUUAAACAAUGUAUUUUGUCUGACAGACGUUUGGCGGCGAAAACAGAUCAGGACCACAGGACUGCUUUGCACUGGGCGUGUUCAGCUGGACAUGCACAUAUUGUACAGUUUCUUUUGGAUCUUAGAGUUGAGGUGGAUAUUAAGGAUGAUGCGUCUUGGACUCCUCUGCAUAUUGCAGCUUCUGCAGGAAGAGAAGAAAUUGUUCGAUCUCUAAUAGGCAGAGGAGCACAACUGAAUUCAGUCAACCAAAAUGGUUGCACCCCAUUACAUUAUGCAGCAUCAAAGGACAGAUAUGAGAUAGCCCUGCUUUUGCUGGAAAAUGGUGCUGACCCUAAUGCCACAGAUAAACUAAGAUCCACACCUCUACACAGAGCCUCAGCAAAGGGGAACUAUCGCCUGAUCCAACUUCUCUUAAAACAGAGCGCUUCUACUAAUAUUCAGGACUCUGAGGGCAAUACACCACUCCAUCUUGCAUGUGAUGAGGAGCGAGCAGAAGCUGCAAAGCUCUUAGUCGAACAUGGUGCCAGCAUUUACAUUGAGAAUAAGGAAGAAAAGACACCUUUACAGAUUGCCAAAGGUGGACUUGGUAAUGUUCUUCGGAGGAUUGUCGAAGGCUGAAGUGAUUAUGAGAAGGUUUACGCAUCAGCUACUUCAGGCUGGUCAGUUCUACAGACAUGAGUUUCUGUCCCAGAAGAUGGCCAACAAAAUAUUUUCAUGAAUUAAAAGAAAGAAACAAGAGCCAAGACGCGUGUGUGUGUGUGUGUGUGUGUAGCCUGAAAAGUACAUGGUCAAUGUUUGUGAAAGAUUUUCUUCAUCUUUGUAUUGUGGUUUAAUAAAACAUUCACUUCUCUUCAAAUAACAUCUGACACAUGGGAUUUUAAUCUGUCUUUUUGUUUUGUUUUAUUUUUUAGGUGGCGCAAGUUUAACAUUUUGAAAUCUUAUACAUCAUUAGUUUAUAGAUAUUUAGUUCACAAUUAUGUUUCACAGGGAAAUGAUUAAAUACAGCUUAUAUUGUUUGCUUUUCAGACAUAACUAUACAAUAUGCUAUAGAACUUACAGAUAUGAAAAAAUGCUUGCAAUAAAUAUUUUAGGAAAAAAAAUCCUCGAGCAAUCACUUGAUGCUUAUUCAUGAAAAAUGUUUGCAGACUUGCUUUAGUAGACAGGUUUGUUGUCCAAAAAGAGGAAUUUGAAUUUGCACUGUUUGACCCAAGAGUUGUAAUAAACCCAGUUGUGGCAGCA